AUGGAGUAUCUCCGAAACUGUUUGGAUGAAAACAAACAAGCGAUUUUGGAAUUGUUGCCACUGUUCUCAGCUCAUGUUUUCUUUCAAGAUGCUCAAGGAGACGGAGAGGUUUCGCUGCCGAUUCCUUCUUUAUUUUCGGUCCUCAAUGCCGCCGGCAAGUCCAGUUCUCGAAAAGGCUGCAGCUUUAUGGUUCGAUGCCGAAUCUACGCGUUGGAUAAACUUCAGAAAUGUUUACAUCUAUAUGCCAACGGACGACAUGAACAAGCACGGGAACUUAUCGAAGAUACACAGGAUUGGCUCAAUACUGUAGGAAAGUGGAUACCAAUGGCGGAAAGUUUGCAGACCAUACCUUGCCCGCUAAGAGAUGGACACCCCACUGAUGGGGAUCUUUGCGCUCAAGAUGGGCCCGAAAUAUUCCUCUCGGCUCUACGUCUGGACUUAGGGUCUUUCGCCGAGUGGAUUAACUAUCCGGAAGUGUUCAGCCGGCAUUGGAAAAAGUCAACUCUGCAAGCCAUAUCAGCAAUAUUAUUGCAGCAGUCCUUUACCGCGGAUACAGAAUCGGAAGUUGCUUUAGCAAGGCGUAUUUCUGUCUUUAGCCUGUUCAAAGGCUAG